CCCAGUACAAUGCGGGUGUCCCCAGGACUGUUUGUGGCUGUCCCCAUCCUGUCCCUCCCUGACCGGCUCUCUCUGCAGGCAGCCAUGCCCGUGGAGCCCCUGGUCUGUGCGGACACGGCCACACGGGCUGGUGGCACUGUCCCUGCAGGGUGAGCUCCGUGCUGAACAGGGAUGUGAAGCAUUUUGGGAAGCAGCACCUGUUCGAUGGCAGCGAGGAGACCUGCUGGAACUCGGACCAGGUGUGGGGACACGGACACGGGGGGCACAGGAGCAGUGACCCCCCCCCUCCGUGCCCCCUGUGACACUCCUGUCCCCACCCAGGGCACAUCCCAGUGGGUCACCCUGGAUUUCCCCCGCCCUGUCAAGGUCUCACAGCUCCACAUCCAAUUCCAGGGGGGAUUUUCCAGCCGGCUGUGCACGCUGGAAGGCUGCAGAACUGGUGAGGAACUGGUGAAAAUAUCAGAGCUGUACCCCCAGGACAGCCAUGCCAUGCAAAGAUUCCAGGUGGAGGAGACAGUGCUGGAUAAGCUGAAGAUCACCUUUGGGAGCAGCACGGAUUUUUUUGGGAGGGUCGUGAUUUAUCACCUGGGGGUGCUGGGGGAGAGGCUCUAGGGUGAGCUGGACCCAUUUUGGGGGCUCUAAAAAGCCCCCAGAGGGGGGGAAUCCCUGUCCCAUGAGGUGACAUGGGAGGCUGUGAUGGCACACGGGCGUGUAAUGGGAUCAAUGAAAAUAAAUAAAAUAUUCCUGCUCUUUCCUGGCUGAAUGAGCCUUCGGGGGGUUUGGUUUAGGGAAAAAAAAAAAAAAAGAAAAAAAAAAAAAAAAAGAAAUUUCCCCUCCCUGUGCUGUCACUGAGCUGCUUUGGAAUCCUGCAGGAUUUUUUUUUUCCUCCUGGCUGUGUGCAGGAAGGGCUUGGCAGCUUUAUGGGAUCUUCCCUUUCUCAAAGGACAGCUCUGGACAGGAAUUCCAGAAUGCUCAGGGGCAAAUUUUCACCCAUUUUACCCCAAAAAAAAAAAAAAACCCAAAAAACCUGGGAUUGAGAUGGGCUGAGGAA